ACCCUCCUCCCAGAAUGCACCGCGGCGCUCCUCCUUUUUCUUCUUAGUUGUUUGGCGUCGCCCCUGGCGCGUUGCAUUGUGGGAGAAGGGAACAGGUGAGGCCAUGGAGGGCGGCCAGGAGGCGCCAGGAAAAAGUAACUGGUGGUUUGGAGUCACCAUGCCCAAGUCUAUGAAGACCAAGACCAGCGUGAACAUCCUCCACCAGGAGAAGCUCAUUGCCCAAAAGAAGCGGGAGAUCGAGGCCAAGCUGGAGCAACAGGCAAAACAGACCCAUUUGACCAGUCAGCAGUCCUCCCAGGCUAGCGAUGAUGAGAGCAGCGAUGGCAAAGGGUCCAUUUCGAACAAGUUUGCCAACGAUGGGAGUUUCCUCCAGCAGUUUCUCAAACUGCAGAAAGAGAAAUCAGGAAGUGGCCCUUCCUGCAGUUCUGCUGAAGCCUCGGGAACACAUACCCCACCUGCAAAGAAGCCCCCUUUAACAGGGAAGCGACCCAGCCUCAAUGUCAGCAGCAUGCUGAGCCAAGUCAAAACCUACACUCAUUCCAAACAGACGCCUGUGACCAACCGGCUCAGUGUUUUCCAGUCGCCGGACGAGGAUGAAGAAGAUGACUACGAACAGUGGCUGGAGAUUAAAAUUUGUCCCCCAGAGGACAUCAGGACCCGCCGGAUCGUGGAGAAGCUGGCCAGGGCAGUGGCUGAAGGGGGGCCGGAGCUGGAGAAGGUGGCACUGGAUGACUGCAAGGAUAACCCAACCUUUUCGUUCCUGCAUGAUAAGAACAGUCCAGAAUUUCUGUACUACAGAAAGAAACUGGCAGAGAUAUGGAAAAAGAGCCAAGUGCCCGAAGAGCCCUGUUCUUCCCCGAAAGUUUCACCCCCAGACGACAAAGAGACCAAGGACUGUGCUGAGAAGCUGGCCAGGUUUGUGGCGGACGGGGGCCCUGUGGUGGAAAUGGUCGCCCUGAAGAACAACCGCGAGAACCAGUCAUUCAGGUUUUUGUAUGAGCCUGACAGCUCUGGCUACAAGUAUUACCAGCAGAAGCUGGAGGAGUUCCGGAAAGCUAAGGGGGCACCGCCUGUCCCUAAAACUAACCCUAAACGCAAAGCCACCCCUGAGGAGGCACCCUCUUCGUCCACUUCAGCCCCAGUCGCAGCUCCAGCCCCAGCCCCAGCCCCAGAUUUGUUUCCAGAGCCAGCAACAUCACCGCCACCAGUGAAGCAAGUGGCUGCACCAGCUGCCAAGAAAAAACGAAAAAGCCGGUGGGGUCCAGAGGAGGAGAAGAUGGACCUGCCUCCCCCAGAACUGGCUCAGCAGACAGAGGAACCCUCCCCUACGCCACUCUCUGUCCAGGACCUUAAAGGACUCGGCUACGAGAAGGGGAAGCCAUUUGGGCUGGUGGGAGUGACAGAGCUGUCGGACGCCCAGCGGAAGCAACUGAAGGAGCAGCAAGAGAUGCAACAAAUGUAUGACCUAAUCAUGAAGCAUAAGCAGGCCAUGCAGGAAAUGCAGAUCAUGUGGGAGAGGACAGUCAAAGACCACAAGUCUGGCUAUGACAGUGAUGAGGAGGUCGACAACGAGCUGGGAACAUGGGAGCAUCAGCUUCGGCGCAUGGAAAUGGACAAAACGCGAGAGUGGGCAGAGCAGCUAACUCAGAUGGGCCGGGGGAAACAUUUCAUUGGAGACUUUCUCCCGCCUGACGAACUAGACAAGUUCAUGGAGACUUUCAAAGCGCUGAAGGAAGGCCGUGAGCCUGAUUACUCAGAGUACAAGGAAUUCAAGUUGACAGUGGAAAACAUCGGUUACCAGAUGCUGAUGAAGAUGGGCUGGAAGGAAGGGGAUGGCCUCGGGAGCGACGGUCAGGGCAUUAAAGCCCCGGUGAACAAGGGAGUGAGAGCCAUCAAUGGUGCUGGAUUUGGAAUUGACCGUCCAGCCGACCUGACCAAGGAGGAUGAUGAAUACGAGGCUUUCCGCAAGAGGAUGAUGUUGGCCUACAGAUUUCGACCCAACCCGCUGAACAAUCCCCGGCGUCCGUACUACUGACUCGGCAGUGUGCUCUUUCUCCCUCCACAAAGCUGUGGUUUGUUUGUUAACUGUGAUACGUUUAUAAACUCGACAUCUCAACCUUCUCCCACCCUUCGGUUUUACUUUCUUCCCUUUGGAAUCACUCUGUUUUAAAAACAAGUUCUGGACCCAACCUUUCACCCAAGACUGUAGGAUCUGUUCCAGCGUCAUCACUUAAGUUUCUCUGUUGCACUUGUUUUGAAAAUGUGGCCUCACCAGAGGUAGAAGGGAAUGUUAGACCCCAAACUUGGAUUUGGAGAGACUGUCGGAGAGAAAAAGAAGAACCCAAGAUGGUAACCCAAGUUGCUCCUUGUCGAUUGAGUGUGUGUGAAUGGCACUAAAAAGUUGACAUGUUCCUCUGCUUGGGUUCUCUACAAAGUCAUCUUUCUGGGUGUGUAUUCCUGAUUUGUUUUGCCAGGGGUACAAACAGCAGGACAAAUGCCGCUGCUGCUGUGUGUAUUGUGCCACUGUAAAAUGAGACACAGAAGUUGAAUCUUGUUGAUCUAGAGGAAGAAAGCAGGGAGGUAAAUGAGGAGAUCCCAAACAAGGAGCAGGUAGUAGUCCACCCCUUGUAGUCUCCCACCUUGAGUCUGAAAAUCCAGGUUUGCAUUUUUAACAAUUUGGAAGCGGGGAGUCGCUUGCAAGGCCGGGGACACAACUUUUUCACCCAGUCCUGGAGAAAGGCACCAAACAAAUCUUGCACCAAGCACCUGGAAGCGCACAGACAUUUGACCAUCUUCCAUUUUGGAGGACCAUCCCAAUUCCUUUUCUGGACUCCUCAAUUCAAGAGAGGUGGAAAGCCAAUAUUUUGCUAUGCAACGAUUUAAGAAACGUUUCUCCUAGAUUACCUGAAAAGGGUUCAUAUUUGCCUGGAAGAGGAUCAGAUGAAAAGUAGAGCUGAGGACUCAGAUUUAAAAUGAUGCCUGGUAAAACCACAAAUAUCUCCAUUCUGGCUCAAAAAUGGUCCACAAUUGCCCCACAACUCUUCUAGUUUCUAUCAGUGGGAAGCGUCUGAUGUUUCCCAUGUCAGUGGGGCAGGUAAUCCACCCCAAGUUGAACCUUAUCUCUCAAAAACCUGGAGUGGAUUCACUGCCCCAUUGGCUUGGAAAUCAGCCACCACUCUUGGUUUCAAUCCUCUUGUCCCACCGCCAAACCAAAUUGUACCACUUUGGGGGUUUUCCCAUAUAUUUUGGAGGGUGGGUGGCAUGCGUUUGCUUGCUUGUUUGAGGGUUUUUUUUUUUGUUUCUCUUUAAUGACAAAUGGUAGAGUUGAUGCUUUUUGGCUUUUGAGGAACCAGUUAAUAAAGCUAUAGAAACAAA